AUAAAAAAAACCCUUCUUUUCGUUGAAGCCGAAGGAUGAUAAAUUUGGGCUUUCCGAGGUAUUUACCAUACACUAUUCGUAGGCUGUCCGGACAAGGCUCACCUCAUAAAGGAUAAAGCCAGACUCCACCACGGUCCACGGCAAAGCCCAUCCAUACCUGUUUAAGCUUUACAAGCGGGCUUCAUACAGAAAGCCUAAAGCUAUGUUUGAUGACAUGAUCACACGAGUUACAUGAAAACACAAAAAGCUAAUUUCAGUAGCCUCUUCAAUGCGGCUUAACCAAUGCAGCUCAAUCAAAGCUGCUCCCAAACGCGCUCUGCAUCUGUCGCGAUCGUGGCGACUCCGAUUAAUUGGGCGCUCUGCAUCUGCACGUGCAUCGAACGCGCGUUGUGCGAGCAUUCCCUUGCCUUCUGAAUAUCUGUCUUUCCCGCGACAUAUUUCCUAUCUGAAUUGCACGAACACCGUGUCUGAGGCCCGAAGCUCCAAAUCUAGUUCUCGAUGGCAGAAUCUCCUCGCACGUUGUCAAUUUCUUUUGUAUUUACCUCAUUUUAAGCUCACCAAGCUUCACCAAUGGCUGCCACCAGAGCUUAUCUCCUUCCGGCAUCAGUUUCCGAACGCGACCUCUCACUCUUUCCCUUCUUCAACCUUACUUCAUAUCAAAGGGUAUCACCGCCUUUUAAACUCAGUUUCCCGUUUCAUCACACCAAUAAACGGAUUUUUCUACGUACUAGUGCUGUAUGCGCAGAGGUAACACAACGAAAACCAAACGUUUCAAAGGUUGAAUCCUCAGAGACCGACGCGAUAUCAGUUCUUAACGAAAGAAUUCGUCGGGACUAUGGGAAGAGAGAGGCAUCGAGAACUACCAUGGAUUCUGAAGAAGCAGAAAAGUAUAUACAAUUGGUGAAGGAACAACAACAGAGGGGGAUGCAGAAGCUAAAGGGGRACAGGGAAGGGAAAGGUGAGGGGUUUGGUUACAAAGUCGACCCCUAUACGCUUCAUUCGGGUGACUAUGUGGUGCAUAAGAAGGUGGGAAUUGGGAGGUUUGUGGGGAUUAAAUACGAUGUCCCGAGGGAUUCCACGGAGCCCAUUGAGUAUGUCUUUAUCGAGUACGCGGACGGGAUGGCGAAGCUUCCAGUGAAGCAGGCGGCGAGGAUGCUCUACAGAUAUAAUCUUCCAAAUGAAACAAAAAAGCCUCGGACAUUAAGCAAAUUAAGCGACACAAGUGCAUGGGAGAGGAGAAGGAUAAAAGGGAAGAUUGCCAUUCAGAAAAUGGUUGUUGAUUUAAUGGAGUUGUAUUUACAUAGACUAAAACAAAGAAGGCCUCCAUACCCAAAGUGUUCUGCCAUGAAUGAAUUUACUGCUGAAUUUGCUUAUGAGCCAACACCUGACCAACAACAGGCUUUCAUUGAUGUAGAAAAAGAUUUAACUGAGAGGGAAACCCCAAUGGACAGAUUGAUUUGUGGAGAUGUUGGAUUUGGGAAAACUGAAGUUGCCUUACGUGCAAUCUUUUGUGUUGUCUCAGCUGGGAAGCAAGCAAUGGUUCUGGCACCAACAAUUGUUCUAGCCAAACAACACUUUGAUGUGAUAUCUGAGCGUUUUUCUAAGUAUCCUAAUAUCAAGGUUGGGCUUCUGAGCAGGUUUCAGACCAAGUCAGAGAAAGAGGAGCAUCUUUCAAUGAUUAAAGAUGGCCAUCUUGACAUCGUUGUUGGAACUCAUGCACUUCUUGGAAGCCGGGUUGUUUAUAAUAAUCUUGGCCUUCUUGUUGUUGACGAGGAACAGAGAUUUGGUGUCAAGCAGAAGGAGAAGAUUGCUUCAUUCAAAACUUCAGUUGAUGUUCUCACACUUUCUGCAACACCUAUUCCACGCACCCUUUACCUAGCACUAACUGGGUUUCGUGAUGCUAGUUUAAUUUCAACACCACCUCCAGAACGAGUUCCCAUAAAAACUCAUCUUUCAGCAUAUAGUAAGGCUAAGGUUUUAUCAGCCAUCAAGUUUGAGCUGGACCGCGGAGGCAAAGUUUUCUAUGUUCUGCCCCGUAUUAAAGGACUAGAAGAAGUGAAAGAAUUUCUUAGUCUGUCAUUUUCAAAUGUUGAAAUAGCUAUUGCGCAUGGAAAGCAAUACUCAAAGCAGCUGGAAGAAACCAUGGAAAAGUUUGCACAGGGAGAUAUUAAGAUUCUUAUAUGUACAAAUAUAGUUGAAAGUGGACUUGAUAUUCAGAAUGCAAACACUAUAAUAAUUCAAGAUGUUCACCAAUUUGGCUUAGCACAGUUGUACCAGCUGCGUGGAAGGGUGGGGCGGGCAGAUAAAGAAGCUUAUGCACAUUUAUUUUACCCUGACAAAUCACUGCUAUCUGAUCAAACAUUGGAGAGGCUUUCAGCUCUUGAAGAGUGUCGGGAUCUUGGGCAAGGUUUCCAACUUGCAGAGAGAGACAUGGGUAUAAGAGGAUUUGGGAAUAUUUUUGGUGAACAGCAGACAGGAGAUAUUGGAAAUGUAGGCAUUGAUCUCUUCUUUGAAAUGCUUUUUGAGAGUUUGUCCAAGGUUGAAGAGCACCGGCUGGUCUCGGUUCCUUACCAUAGUGUACAGCUUGAUAUAAAUAUCAGCCCCCACCUCCCGUCAGAGUACAUAAAUCAUUUGGAUAAUCCCAUGGAAAUAAUUAACGAGGCUGAGAAAGCUGCGGAGGAAGGUGUUUGGAGUUUGAUGCAAUUCACAGAGAAUUUGCGGCGCCAAUAUGGAAAAGAACCAUGCUCCAUGGAGAUACUAUUGAAAAAGUUGUAUGUAAGGAGGAUGGCAGCGGACCUGGGAAUCACUAAAAUAUAUGCUUCAGGCAAGAUGGUUGGUAUGGAAACAAAUAUGAAUAAGAAGGUUUUCAAAUUGAUGACAGAGUCAAUGGCAUCUGAUGUUCAUCGGAAUUCUCUAGUUUUUGAGGAUAACCAAGUAAAGGCAGAGCUUCUUUUGGAGCUACCAAGAGAACAACUCCUUAAUUGGAUAUUUCAAUGCUUGGCUGAAUUACAUGCUUCACUACCAGCCCUCGUAAAAUACUGAUUGUAUAUACUGGACAGCAAAUACUUGAUGUGCUUUUUCCUUUGACUCACCCCUGGGUAGAUCAAAAUUGCAUAUUAUCAUGUGGCAGAGCGUCAUAGAAGUCAGAGAACUCGCAUUAUCCUGCACUGAAGUCCUUAGAAUGUUACCACUUGGAUUCCAAAGCUGGGUUGCCCUAGUAUGGAUCAUGUGAAGUUACAAUUCUGUGAGUUUAAAGCAUCAGAAAGAUGAAAGUUGAUAUGGAUUCGAAACUUAGUAUACGGUGGGGGUGGAGUCUGAUAAAAACCACAUUAUUUACCUACAGGAUUUUAGUAUAAAUAGAGUGCGUGGGGUGCAUAGGUGGACUUCAAAUGCAUGUUCUAUGGCAUAAGACAAUGAUUCACAAGGUCUAGAAGAGAAAGCUGCAGUUGAAACUUCAAAUUUUACUGAGUUCACCACCAUCAAUUGUAGGCUUUUAAUUGUAGUGAACUACCCGAAUAUGCGAUAUAUACACGACCUUGGUUGCUAGGAUUUGGAUCCAAAAUAUUGUAUCUGAUUAUGAUAUGGUCCAUGGGUUAAAGGCCUUAUUAGAGGCCGGUUCUGGCUAAUGGGUACUCAAUAAACAUAUAUGAACACUGAUCAGGAUAUUUAUAAAUGCGGAAUGAGUAAAUUCAAAUUAUUUUCCUUUUUCUUUCA